UACUGGUGUGGCUGUUCUCUUAGUGAUGGUAUUGGUGUUCGUGGCCGUGCUUGGUUUCAGUCUUCACAACCGCGUUGAAACCGUUGUGCUUGUCAGCGGUGUACUCAACAGUACGGAUGGAGCCGUCAGAGUCGUGCAGGCUGUACACGCCCUUCACGUUCUCACCGUCACGAGACUCGUGCUGGUACUUGUUGUCACCGGUGUGAGGGUCCUCGAUUUUGUACUCGUACUCGUAUUUGGGGUGAGCAUAGUAGUCAACGUGAUGUUCUCCGUGGUGGUGUUCCUUCUCAUGAUGAGCAGACUCAACAUGAUGUACAGCAGGAGCUUCAUGGUGUACAGAAAUGGGAGCUUCGUGGUGGACAGCAAUGGGAGCUGCAUGGUCAACAGCCACGGGAACCUCAUGAUGGACAGCAAUAGGGGCCUGGUGAUGCACGGCAAUGGGGACGUAAUGGAUGGGUUGUUGGUGCACAAUGUGCUCUCCACCGUGGUAACCAUGGUUUAUUUCAUGGUGUCCUUGAGAAUCACCAUGGUAGUCAUGGCUAAUUUCGUG